AUGGCUAUCAAAAUUUUCAAUAAACACGCGAGCAUCCACGGACCUAUUGCUAGAGAAGCUCAUACGGACACGAUUCAACCCAGCAAGGAGGACAAAGAAGUACAAACCGAUGCAAUUUCUGAAGAACAAGUUGUACCAGUCGCUGAUAAAGCGGAAAAUACUAUUGAAUAGUA